CAGUCUGAGAGUGAUUAAGAAAACUGCAGCAAGCUGUGGGAGCUGAACAACACUGACUUUCACAAGGACCAGACCACAAAGAAUAUGGCUAAAAUGUUUGAAAUAUAACACUGCCAAAAAGUAGCACAGGAAACUGCAACAGGCUGCCGAAGAGAACAAGCAGUAAGUGGUAUUAGCAAAGGCACAAUGAAGAACGUAACCUGAGUGUAUUUGCAAUAUUACUCUGGGAAAGGGGCGAUUGUGAAUCAGUGAUCCAUUUGGCACCUCAAGUCUAUAAAAGCAAUUUGAUGAAGCAAAAACAAAAAUAUUGGAAGAUUGUACCAACUCACUCCAGAAAUUGCCUGUGACAUUCCUUGUGGAGUUUUGAAGAAGUGUACCUGAAGGGUAAAAUGAGGAUCCUGUUUGUGAAUUUGACACAAGAAGAAAGUCAGUCUAAGAAAAUAAUGAGAUGGUAACUCAAAACUCAACAAUUUUUGAUAAAGAAAUGAGCAGCAAGUAAAUCUCCCUCUCCAAUCUCAAGCUUCAACUUGUUAAAAGUAAACUACAAAAACUGAAAAUGAUGUGAAAGAUUUUAAAAUUUCACACCUAUUCUUGCUCACGGCAUGUGAGAAAAUCAUCUCGAGGAUUUCUUCUGCCUGACGGUAUCAAUGAUGGGACAAAGCCUCCAUCUAGUGGGCAAAUUCUAACAGUACAAGUAUCGUUCAACACCAACAUGUCUUUAAUUGCUUCUCCAACUGAAAUGGUCAAUGGUUGUGUCAGAACAGAGCUCAUUGAGCAUCACUAUAAUUACACAGGGAAAUUCAACAAAAGGGGGAAAACCUCUGAUGGCAUGGACCUAACUACAGUGGCCUUCCUGAUCAUCUGCAGCUUCAUAGUGCUCGAAAACCUCAUGGUCCUCCUGGCCAUUUGGAAGAACAACAAGUUUCACAACCGCAUGUACUACUUCAUUGGUAACCUAGCCCUGUCUGACUUGCUGGCAGGAAUAGCCUACAAAGUGAAUAUCCUCAUGUCUGGGAAGAAGACUUACGGACUCACACCAACUGUAUGGUUCAUUAGGGAAGGAAGCAUGUUUGUAGCAUUGGGAGCUUCCACCUUUAGUUUACUGGCAAUAGCAAUUGAAAGGCACAUGACUAUGAUAAAGAUGAGACCCUAUGAUUCUAGUAAAAAACACAGAGUGUUUCUGCUCAUCGGCGCCUGUUGGCUGAUUUCCAUUUUAGUUGGUGCCUUGCCUAUCCUUGGUUGGAACUGUAUCUGCAAUUUUUCAGACUGUUCCACAGUCCUGCCCCUCUAUUCCAAAACAUAUGUUGUCUUCAGUAUAAGCAUCUUCAGUGCAAUUUUGCUGGCUAUUGUAAUACUUUAUGCUCGUAUUUAUAUAUUGGUUAAGUCAAGCAGCCGCAAAGUCGCAAACAGAAAAUUCACAAAAAACAAUUCUGAAAAAUCCAUGGCUUUACUUAGGACAGUGGUCAUUGUUGUCGGGGUUUUCAUUGCAUGCUGGUCCCCACUUUUCAUUCUAUUGCUCCUUGAUGUUGCCUGUAAGCCAAAAAAGUGUAGCAUACUGUAUCAGGAAGAUUGGUUCAUUGCAGUUGCAGUCCUCAAUUCUGGCAUGAAUCCCAUUAUCUACACUCUGGCCAGCAAAGAGAUGCGCCGGGCUUUCUUCCGUCUCCUCUGUGGCUGCCUGGCCAGUACUAAAGUCUCCAAGGCUCUGCCAAUUCAGUCUGCUGCAGAUAACAGCAAAAGCAAGUCCAGUGGCAGUAAUUCACAGAAACCAAAAGGAGAGCCCUCAGAAAUCACAAAUCAUUUAAAUGAAAUCAAGACUUUUAAUUUAUCAACUCCUAAAGGAGAAUUUUGACCAUUGAUGGCUAGUCUACCUUAAUAUACAGUAUUGACUUCUCAACUUAAUGAGCUUAAAACAUUAUUUUUAUAAACCCUUAAUUCCUUGUACGAAAGGUUGGUCCCUUCUUUAGCUCUAGACUCAGAGAAGGAAUGACCGUUACAGAAUUCUGAUAUCUGGAACUAAAAAUCACAAACCAAAGCUGUGUACUAAGUGCUCACACAUCACAUAAUAUACAAAGGACUUUACCAACUUUUUGCAUAAAAUUCUAUGAAACAAUUACCAUUUUAGUUGCAAUGAAAGUAUUUGUAUUAUUAAUCAGAAAUUCUAAUUUUUUAAUUUAAUAUAAAUUGGUACUUUUUAUGUUGGGAUAAUUAAGCUUGAAUUUUCAUGUUGUUACAUCUUCACAAUUUUUCCCAUGGUGUAAUUUUAUGGAUUCCACUGAAUUCAAUCCAAUAUAAUUUUUGACACUAGUUUUUAACUUCUCUGGCAAAGACCUACAGUUCUUGUCCUCGUAUUCACUGGGAAACUAUAGACUACUCUUGUCAACGGCAUGGGAAAGCCUCUGUCCUUAAAAUAGCAGGGUUAGAUCACAUGAACCUUUACAAAAUAUAAACGUUCAACUAUCAGUGACUCUGCUUGGGAUGCAUUUCCUGACCAUAUAUUGUUUCUCUAUGAACACCCAAAACCCUUGUGCUAACUCUCUCUGUGUUCUCUAUGUUCACUAAUAUUGGCAUUAAAAAGCACAUAGGGCACUCAAUAUGUCAAAUAUUAACCUCGGAUCUUACUCAGUCAAAUAAUACAAUGUUUUUGGUUAAAAGAUCUCUUAAAUAGAUUGGAAAUCACAUAAAUCCCUUUUAAUUUUUUAUAACUAUAUGACACAUAAUACAAAAGUGCCACAUAUAGAAAGUAUUUUAAAAAUACUUAUUAAUGGACUAAUGUAAAUCCUUUAUUAUCAAAUGUAGGUUUUUUUUAUUUCUUCCCAAAGCCAAAAUCUAUUCAAAAUUUAACAAACAUCAAUCAAAUAUCUACAGAAUGAAAUAAGCGAAAUACCAUAGCUCUCCUUCCAUACCGGAAUAUUUGACCCAAUUUCUAAGCGGUAAAUACUGACAACUAUUUAAUUAACUUUUUAGUUGGAUAUCAUAUCCUUCUGGUAAGCUUCAUUAAAUGCAAAAUAAUAAUAAUUUAGAACUGUGAAAAAAAAACUUUUCUGAUUUCUGUGUUUCUCAGAAAGAAACCUUGUCUCUGAACUUACUUCUACCUGCUGCAUUUCCAGUCUAGGCCCAUCCUAACUUGAGCACAAAUGUCAGCUUCCCUUUCCUUGUUAAAAGGUACCAACCAGCAGGCACAGCCUAGAGCAGCAUGCCAACCAAUCACAACCAAAUUUCCCACCUCUCCACCAUCAGCCUCUCAGAAAAUAUUUACGGGAACCUGGGGGGGGCGGUUUGGUUUUUGGGGGUCUGUUGUCAACCUCAGUUUGAGAAGUGGUGAGGCAUUUUAUCUCUUUUCAAAGAAAGACAGAGAAAGACGGUGGAUCAGAUCUUGGCCUUAUGCCAUAGUGGAGAAUUGAUCACAUUGUGCUUUUUUUUGUUAUGUCCAUCGAAGAUCUCCAAGGGGUGCAGAGAAGGUUUAUUAGAAUGGUCCCAGGGUUGAAAGACUUAUGUUUAUGAAGAGACCAGAGAAGCUAGGAUUGUUCUCCUUCAAAUAGUGGAAGUUAAUUAGAUUGCUUGAAAUUAUGAAGGUAGAGUAGGUGGGAAAAAAUAUUUUCUAUUAGAAAAAGAUCUACAACUAGAAGACAAAGAUUUAAGGUAAUUGGCAAAAAAGCCAGAGAUGACAUAACUUAAUUUAGGCAGCAAGUUAGAAUGUACUACCUGAAAAAUUGGCAGAAGUUGAUUAUACAGUCCAAAGGGAAUGAAAUAAUUUUGCUGAAUAGGACAUUUUGUUGUCCUAUGUAGAAGAUAUUGAGGAAUGGGACUAAUCGGGGGAACUUUCAAAGAGAUGGAAGAGUGAGAUUGCCUCCUUCUGUGCUGCUGGAUUCUGUGAAUUGGGCUGCCAUUGACUGUCACCUGCUAAUGUCAACAUCUAACCCAGCACUGUUUGAAUAUACAAGGCUCAGAUUUAUAGGGAAUUCACAACAGCCUAUACAUGUGGAGGAGUUGCUCUGCCUCUUCUUUGGCAUCCCAGUAACACCCUGACUGAAUUAGCCUUGCACAAUUAUGACUAUUUUAAAGAUAUAUUUUUGUUUGACGUAUUCAAUAUGAGAGAAAUACAGUUAGACGAAGAAAACCAUCUUGAGAAGACAGAAUUAGUAAAUGACAACCAUAAGCUUGUUGCUGCCUGGUUUAAAUAAAUAAACGGAAUGCUGAUUAUGCUGUAGAAUGAGAAUUCUACAGUGUAACUAUGAUACAUUUUUACCCAGAGAGAUAGUUUUGGGGUUUUAGUUCAGUAUAUGAAGGAGGAUGUUGAAAAUAGGUUGUGUUUAUUUGUAUUUCAUGUACUUGUUUUAUUAUGUAUUUAGAACUAUCUCCUAAAAAUCUACCUAUUCCAAUUUACAACUGAUUGAAAAGUGCAUUAACAAUAUUACUAUUAAGUAAUAUUUGCAAAUUUAAGCGACAUACUUAGAUAAUACAUGACUUCAGGUGGUAUGAAUUAAUCUUUCAAAUAAACAUGUGAUUUUACUCUAUUUGUAAGCAACUUGUUUUGUUGAAAGUUGAUAUUCACUCAGAUUUGGUGACUUUCCAGUUGUGAAUGCUUUAUGACAAUUAUUUUAUGUACAUAUAGUUAAUUGACUAGAUUGCACAUACAUUUUGUAAAGAAGGUACUAUUUGUCAAAAAGUGUUUUUGAUGAAUUCAUUGUUAAUCUAUGUCCAAUAUAAUCCAUGUGGAAUAGACAAAUCUCACAAAACCACCAGGUAAAGACAGAUGCGGCAGGUCUUCCUGCCUGUUUUAGCUUAUCCAUCCAAAAGGAUCAAACACUGCUUCUCCCUUCACAUCCACACUUUACACAAUUUUAUUGUUUCUUAAAUAAUUAUAACAUUUUUUACCAACAGGAUUCUAUUUGGAAUUCCCUUCCAUGCAUUAAGCACACUUUUUGUGGGGAAUAACCUCGUGAUAAUGCUUCUCAGUGUUCUUUUAACUAUUUUGAACCAGGUUCUCUUGUCAUCUUCUCUUAAUUUUGUUUGAAGAUCUUGACUUAUUUUUUCCAAUGGCAUAUACUGUCUUUCAUAAAACCACCUCCAGGUUACUUUUUGAGGCUAAAUAGACAAAAAUUCUUUUUAACACAACAGAUCAGCCUCCCCAGUGCUUCAAUAUCUCAUUAUCACUUCAAGCUAGAACUAAAGGCAAAGUAUUCAAUAUGAAAAUCAAAGAAAUAAAACUUCAGAUGCUGGGAAUCUAAAAUAAAAACAGAAAAUGCUGGGAACACUCUGCAGGUUAGGCAGCAUCUUUAUUCAGUGUGUUGGCCACUGCAUGAACAUUGCCCACUUCACCAUGACUUUCUCUGAAUUGCACUCUACCACACUGGUCAUUUAGUUCAGCAUGUUAAUUGUUUUGCAUAUUGUUGUUCUGCAGUGACUGGGCAUGUCAAUAAAGGUUAUUAUGACCCCCCCCCCAGCUCUCUUUUAAUUUAAUUUUCAUGGUAUUCCUGGAAUAAUUAGUUUUCUUCUUCUGAGCAAUAUUUAAAUGGAGUUUAAUUGGUCCACAUGUUUAUUCCGUCCAACUCAAUUUGUGGCUACUGAAUUAGCACCGUAGAUUUGAGUACUUCUCCUGGUUCAGCAUCAGUUGCAAACCUGAGUUUUUAUAUUCAUCCAUUAAUAUAAGUUAGAGUUGGUAGGUAUUUCAAAAACAUGUCACCAACAACAUCCUCCCAUCUCCAUCCUCCCCUUUCCCUGUCCCCAAACUAUUAAAAUGUAACUUCUGGGAUUCAAAGCGCACCUAACUCCUAAAUUAUUAGUGUGCCAGCAUUAUCUUGUCUCUGUGUAAUCUACUUGUAUUAUUGACAGUAGCAAUGUGCAUGUAAUUGUAACUCUCUUUUUACAGAAUGACUUUUACUAUUUAAGAAAUAAUCGUGGCUGUGUAUUUUGCCAGGUAAUUGAGGGAAAUUAUACAAUAGAAUGUAAUUUCCAGUGACAUCAGUGAACCAUGCUUGUACUUGUGUAUAAAAAUGCUAGUGUACAAAUUACGUGCUCUAGCUUU